AUGAGCGAAAUAUUAGGCGCAAAUUACACGAAGAAAAGCACCCACAAAUGUAUUCAUAAGGCGGUGACUGAUGGCAACAUGAACAGUCUAAUGGAUGAAUUUGACAGAGAUGACCUCAAUAGUUCUGAACAUAGCAGUGAUCAAAGACAUGAAAGACAUGAGUCAAAGAAUGGUCUUUCUCGAUCCAGACAUUGUGUAAUAACUUUUUCACUUCAUUCGGUUAUUGAUGGUGAAGUACAAUGCAGAUUUAACAUUGCAUGUCUAAUUUGUAAACAUAAAUUCACGUUCAACGAUACUAGAUCGACGUUUCUGGCUUAUUAUAUAUGUGAUGAUUGCAUGGAAAACGAAAAGGGACACGCCGAAGAAUUAGAAGCUGCUUUACUGAAUAAUAAUAAAACACGACCAAUGUCGGUAGGUUGUGCGCAUGCGGAUUUGAGUGUUUAUGAUCAUUGUAAAUGUCAAAACUGUAUUCGACGACAACUUGUGAGUGAAGAACGACAAAAAGAGGUAGAAGUGCUACAAAGAUGUUGGCAUGAUUUACGUCAGAAUAUCCGACAGAUGUUCCGCGAUGGUCUAAAUGCCAACAUGACAUCAUCGAAAGGGAAGCGAUUUAAUGUGGACAAGAUAAAACGAAAUGUUACGAUAUUGGCGGAGAAGGAUCCUCAUCAGUUGUACAAACGAUUGGAGAGUAUUGGACACGAAUAUGUUUUGAAUCUGAAAUCAGACGAUCUGUGGCAAAUACUGGUGGUCCCUCAAGUCGUACCUGCUCUUAUUCAGCUUUAUGAAGCCGGUGCUAAUGAGGAGCAAGUGGAACUUGAACGAGCUAAACUUUUUAUCAAGACUUUACUUGACCGCUUUUCAUGCCAGCAAGAAACUGCAAGGAAUAUGUCACCAUUACUGGCAGUCUUAGAUAAAGAUUAUCUUUCGCAGUUUGGCAUUAGUUGGAAAGUCGUAAAUCAUCACAUUUUCGACCGAGUCAUUUAUCAAGAUAAUCUUUUGUUAAAUUAUCUGCCCAGCUUAGAAAAUGUUCUCAAGUGUAAAUUGAUAGUCCAUGAUGAUGAAAAUGAAGAUCAUCGACAACGUGCUUGCACUGAAUUUAGUAAUGCAGAUAUUCCUCAAGGCGCACUCGAACUUGCUCAAAGUUUUCGUGUUUUUCAUAAAUUAAUGGUUACAAGCAGAGAAAUAUUUAAAAAAGCCAGUGCAAAUAUCGUAUUGUACACCAAGCAGCAGAAAGUUAUUAAUCAUAUUAAGCGCAAAACGAAAGGUGAAUUGCUGAAAGAAAAUUUGGGUUUUUUCAAAAGCCAGUGGAAAAUGAUUCGUAAUUGCACUUUGCGGAAAGGUCAGUAUUACCAAUGGCAUGCUGAUUUGACUGCUUUUGGAGAUUUAACUGAUUUAAUAGAUGAUGAAUGCGGUUAUAGCGAUUCAGAAGUUGAUGAUAUUAAUGUGUCAGAAAGAUUACACGAACUGAUUGAAGAGGGACCUGCAAAUUCUGUUUGUGUUGAUGAAAAUGGCGAAGUGUUGCCUUAUGUGCGAUGCAAGAGGUGCAGUCUUCGACAUUGCUCUUGUAACGAGUGUCGAAUUUCGCAUAUUAUCACUUGUGGUUUACUAAUUGAUAACGAGGAUAUAAAUAAUUUAAUAUGGCCUGUGAGCGAUUGCUCUGAAAGAAGUGAUGAAAGAGAUUCGGAUGAAAAGCCGCAGCGAAAAAAAUCAUCUCUUCCAAGCAUUAAACGUUUGUCCAACCACAAUUUACGAUUUCAGACUGCAAAAGCUUUGUUCACUGUACACGAUCAUAACAAUGAAAAAGAAACAGCUUGGGGCGAUUGGCAGGUACCAUAUGAUUACACAGAUGACAUCGAUUAUCUCGACCAUUGUCUCUGUGAAAAGAAAAGCAUGCAUGGCGAACGUAGGUCGUUAAAUAAUCAAACAGAUGAAGAGGAGCGCGCAACUGAUAUUAGCGAUUCGUCUGAUUUAUCAAAUAGUGAGGAAUAUCAAGAAAUUGUUAAGGAAGCAUUCGAACUGAUGGCGAAAAGACACAGAAUAGAAUCGCCGUCAAAUUAUGAAUCUGAGAAUAUUGAUGUGCGAAAGACUUCACCAGUAAUCAGUAAUGAGAAAACAAGCAUGAUCGGAAGCCCUGGUAAACAUGGAGUAAGGAGCUCGUUUUUAAUGAAGAAAUCGAAUCUUCGCUCAGAUGGAAAAUCUGAUUUUACAAUUGCAUCGGUGAGUAAUAUAAAUGUGACGAGGUUCAAAAUAAGGAAAGCAGGAAGUAAUGUAACAGUGGAUGGGACAGAAUCUGAUUAUGAAACAUCUUCAGCGUCAUUUCCAGGAUCAAAUCAGUGCGUGGACAGUUCUCAUCUAUCUAGACCAGAUAGGAUGAUGGUACUGAAAGAAAUGACUCGAAGACAUUAUAUUGAUCUAUCAAAGAAUAAUGCAGUAAGGGAUUUGGCGCUUGAGCUUUUUGGAAGAAAAACAAUGGAGAAACCGCAAAUGAUGCGCAAAAUUGGUUUGACAUCACCAGUUUCGCGGCUUAUCAGGAAGAGUAAACUUGUAUUUGAUAAAAACGAUGCGAAUAGCGGUGGCACUGCGACAGUGAAAUCCCUUUCGGCGUUUGCUCGUGAGCGAUUGCUUAGUGAAGUGAAAGGUAUGGAUAAAAAGAUUCGUGAAAGGACUUUACUGCGUUUAGUUCAGCCGUACGAAGAUGAACAUUGGACAACAAGAUCCCCCGAGGAUGACAAGGAAGAUAUACUUCAAGACCGACUGUUAGAAAGUAUGAGGGAGUGUUUUUCCAAGGACUGGAUGAAGGAAGAGGAAGCAAAUAAUUUCAAAACUACUGUCAAAGAUGAGAAGUGCGCUUCAACGCGGGAAGUUGUUAGUCGGAAUUCGACUGCGAAAACGUCUUACCAAGAAAAGAGAAGUGACAGAGAAAUGUUAUACAUUCCAGAGGCUAGAACGAUGAUCAGUUUUUCUACGGCCUCUUCGGGUUUAGCAAAUAAAAAAGGAAAAUCAUCGCUGAGAAAAGUCGAGCAAGACAACUUAGCACGACGGUGGUCGAAACAAACAUUGGCUGCUGCAAUUGCUAAACAGUUGACUGAGCAAAGAACUGUCUUCGAUAUUAAUAAAGCAUUCAACGUUGAAAAGAUUCAAACGUUUGAAAAGCAAAAAACGGCACAAACAGUAUCUAGCAAGAUGGGUAGACAUUUGGAUGCGAUGUGUAAUUCGACGACAGCUAUUGAUUUUAGCCUUGGUUUGGGUGGAUUUGAGAUUAAUACUUUCCCUGAAGGUGUGAGGAAAUUACAUGAAGAGGGAAAGCUCAAAAAACUUUUAAAACAAGCUGUCGGAUUGAGGCAAAAUAAAGCAGGUGUAUCCGCUAAAGUUGAUUCUAAAUACGGUGAUGGUAAACGAGUUGGAAAUGAGUUCAGAGUUUCGAAGGAAGAAUUAUUUGACUAUCAGACGGAUAAUAUCGAUGAUCUGACAGAUGACGAUGACGAGAGUUCAGAUGAAGAAUGGAGUGAUUGCGAAGCACUCGAUGAACAGCAUCCACACCGUCAUCAUUCUUGCGACAAUAAGACGAAAAGGAAAAGGACAACUUCUGGAACAGGACGAGAUGGACGGCACGGGCAUUGUGAUUGUUGUUAUUGUGAGAUGUUUGGGCAUGCCGCCACAGACAGUACCAAAUCAGGUCGUGCGCAGAUAAGAGAAAGGCUUCGGAUGAAACUAAAACGCCGAACUGUGCAAGAGCAAUCUGAAACUGACACAAAAAAUCUGAAGGGAAAGUUGAUCUAUGCUGCCGCUAAUGAGAAAUCUAAAAAAUCGCCCGCAGUUAUUCCCGACACGCCAAUUGAGGAAAUUCUGGAUUACAUUAACGAAAAAGACAUUGCAGCUGCACAAGCUGCAGCAAAUAAAGCGGCUAAACGAGCUAGGCAGAAGCUCCGAAAACAAGAAGAAAAGGAAAGGCAAGAUAGAGAACGAAAACUCAAAGAAGAGCAAAAGAAAGCCACUGAGGCUGAGUUUAUAAAAAAGAAAAAGGAACAGCAAGUGGCACAACAACAGGUGAAAAAAGAACAUCGAGGAGCACAGCAAGGGAUAAAAAAAGCGAAGCAGAGCAAACCUGAAGCAAAAAAGAAGAAAGCGGACCGAGUACGAGGAAAGAAAAAAGAUGGUCGUGAUCGAAAAAAAGAAACUGAACAACAUUUCUCGGAAACUCAAGAUAUCGAAGUUCCAAAGGAACCGAUUUUAGAAUUUGAAUAUUGGAAUGAUCCGGAAUUCAAACGAUUGGCAUCGACAAAGGAGCAAGUUGGUAUUUUUAAGGUUGGACGAGCAAGAAUACAGAGUAAGGAAGAGUUGAAGCGAAACGAGGGCGUCGCGAAGGGGCCAGAAUUUUCUCUUCUAGAAAAUGAAAAGGAAAAUACGUCUGCAAAGAAGGAAAAAACGGAUUCAGUGGUACAGAAAGAUGAAAACAAUAGUUUUAAAAAUGAGGACAAUGUAGUGAAGUCUGAAACGACAUUUCCUGUCAAAUGUGCAGCAGUCUUUUCAAAAAGUGGAGGAUUGGUUUUUGAUAUCCAGCCAUCCGUAAAACUUCCAGAAGACAAAGAAUCAGAUGUGUUUUCAGCAGUUGUGACAGUGAGUGAAACUUUUACAGCUCUACCCGGGGUAGAAUCCGGAUCUCAACCGCCAAACGUAAGCUGGCCAAUCACAGAACUUCCUUCUAAAAUACCUGCGCUUCCUAAGACGAGUCUUUCUGAUUUAUCGCAAAUGCGACUUAACACAAAUAUAUCACAAAGACUUCCUUUUUCUGUCUUACCAGUACCUCCUUCUUCACAAACAAAUGCAUUAGGCUUUGGGACGUACCAAAGAGGAGUUAGUUACUAUACACAUUUUGGGGGACAGCCUCAAGUUUACCUUAUCAGUGGAUUAAAUCAGUGUGUCGUGUCUUCAGCGAAUCAAAAUACACCAAUACUGCCAUCAGCAAGUUCUAACCUUGCGCAGGAUGCGGUUUUACGACCACUACGAACUGCUACAGCACUUGAAGGAAGGACUUGUCAAAUUGGAAUAAAUGAUAAAGUUUAUAUAUCAGGCCAGUAUUCAAUCGCACCACCAGUUAAUAAUGCACCAACUGAUGUGUUGCAAAGAGGACCAAUCUCUCCAAUUCCUAUAUUUGAUGCGAAAUCUUUUCAAACGACUACAAAUGUUACCUAUUUUGGUUUUCAGAAACUGCCACGACAUGCGUCAGAAGCGUCGUCAUUAUCAUCAUUGUCCUCAUCUGUACCAUCUUCAUCUUCCAAGCCAUCUCGUUGUGGUCCAGCAUUCACAGUGCGUGAUUUUGAUUUCGUCUCGUUUAAGGGAAACAGUAAUAGAACUCAGUCGCCUUCUCUUGGUGUCAUGAAUGCGCCUUUACAAAGUAAUUCGCAUAGUAACAACGGCGCGGCGCAAAAUUCCCGAAAUGUCAACACCAACGCCACUACACGGAGAUUUACGCCUCCCGAUUCCUUGUCUUGUUCAAAACGGUGUUCACUAGAUGUUAUUCCUGUAAAUAAUGUGAUUUCUGAUAUCCCUGCGCGAGAUCCGUUAAAUUUUGUUUCUCUCGAGCAAGAUGUCACUGCUAAUAAAACACAGAACUCGCAAUGUCUAAAUAAGAGAUUUCUGGUCAGUCAUCGGAAUGGUAUAAUAAGCACUACAGGAAGCGUGAACACUACACAAUUGAACAAGAUAGGAACUGGCAGAGCUUUGCCUGGUUCCAGCCAGCUAACGGCUGCAAUUCGUGCAAAAAGAAAUGAAGCAUGUAAGACGUUUCUUUCGUCAUCGAGUCCAUUGGCGAACUAUGACUCGGAAACUCAGAAACUUGCCGCUUUCGCGAAAGAGGAUGAAAUUUUCCAUAGCCAAAGUCCGAUGAUUUUUGAACCAGGUGACCCACGCAUUGCGGUCGCAGUUGCAGAGAUGAAGUUCGACCCACACGAAGCAUUCAAACCACGUCCUGACAGUGAAUUAGAGUUUCUCGACCCUCUUGAAUUGGAAGUGGAACAUUUCAAACGUGUGCUGUGGGAAGAGGAACAGUUAACGAGACCUCGCGUGCCAUUGCGAGAACUGCGCAAGAUUGACCCAGAGAAUGAACCCAACGCGGUAUUUCACUUUGCCCCUCUUGUGUAA